CCGGAAGUAGUCGACGCAACGCAAGUAGCAUGAGCUAACGUUGCAUCUCACUCGUUUGACAACAGCCUCUGUCUUAUCUGUCAGACCACAAACAUGUAAGAGUCAAUUACGCUGCGAUAGCCGAGUCCACCGCAGACUGUUUGUUGAAGGCAGUUAAAUGGUUGAAGAGAGUCCGACGCAGAAGAGAAAAAACGGAAACGGCUAAUUUGCUAGCACACAUAUUCAUGUGCGUCCUGGUUUUACCGUCGUAUUGCUAGUUUUUGCCGUCAGUAUGGACCUGUAGCCAAAGCAGACUUCUUUUUUUUUUUCUUUUUGUACAACAUUUCUCCGCUUCUUCACGACUAAGUGCUUUCUUCGGGCUCAAAAGGGGGAGGAGAGCUCGUACACCCUACAGGCCUACAUGUGUGUUUGUUUUCUGCUUCGUUGGGGGAAAAAAAACGGGGUCCUGUUCGGUUCAGCCUGCUAACGAGUCCCUGCGCCGCGGUAACAACCGCGUUAAUUAAUGAGAUAAAAAGUCGGCGCAUCCCGGUCGUUAUAAUGAGUUUCUUUAGUUUCGGACAAAGUGCAGAGAUCGAUGUAGUCCUCAAUGACGCCGAAACGAGAAAGAAGGUUGAGCACAAGACCGAAGAUGGGAAGAAAGAGAAAUACUUUCUUUUCUACGACGGGGAGACGGUCAGUGGGAAGGUGAACGUGACGCUGAAGAACCCCGGGAAGAGGCUGGAGCAUCACGGCAUCAAAAUUGAAUUUGUCGGCCAAAUAGAGCUAUAUUACGACAGAGGAAACCAUCACGAAUUUGUUUCCCUGGUGAAGGAUCUUGCGAGACCCGGUGAAAUAACCCAGUCGCAGACCUUCGACUUUGAGUUCACACAUGUCGAGAAACCCUACGAGUCCUACACAGGCCAGAACGUCAAGCUAAGGUAUUUCCUUCGCGCCACGGUGAUAAGAAGAUUAAAUGACAUCAGUAAAGAGAUGGACAUUGUGGUCCACACACUGAGCACCUACCCUGAACUCAACUCCUCCAUCAAGAUGGAAGUUGGAAUCGAAGACUGCCUCCAUAUUGAGUUUGAGUAUAACAAAUCUAAAUACCAUCUGAAGGACGUGAUUGUGGGCAAAAUCUAUUUCCUCCUGGUGAGGAUUAAAAUAAAACACAUGGAGAUCGACAUCAUCAAACGCGAGACGACCGGCACCGGCCCGAGCGUCUACCACGAAAACGACACGAUCGCAAAGUACGAGAUCAUGGACGGAGCGCCGGUCAGAGGUGAAUCUAUUCCUAUCCGAUUAUUUCUGGCCGGUUAUGAUCUGACUCCGACCAUGCGAGACAUCAACAAGAAGUUCUCGGUGCGCUACUACCUGAAUCUGGUAUUGAUCGAUGAAGAGGAGAGACGCUACUUUAAACAACAGGAAAUCACACUGUGGAGAAAAGGAGACGUGGUGAGGAAAAGCAUGUCCCAUCAGGCCGCCAUCGCCUCCCAGAGGUUCGAGGGCUCGGCCGCUUCAGAGAGCGCCCUGGAGCAGGCCGCCAAGGAGGAGAGCGGCUAGCUCCGCCCUCCUUCUGCUCGCCGGCAAAUCUGCACCGGACGGAUGAUCACCUGACAACUGUGCAAACAUCUGGCGAGGCAGCUGUUUCACUCGUGGCUGUGCUGGUAAAAGAAAAAAAUUAAAUAAAAAAAAGGAGGAAGGAGGGGAAAAAAAAA